AUCUAGAUUAUCCUAAUACACACGAAUUGAUUAUAAAUCUUAAUGUACCAAAACGUAGUCGCCCGUGUCGGAGGAGAACAAAAGCCGUUGUUAACGACACAUUAAUAUAAUAUCAUAUUCAAUAUUGGUGUAAUACAUGCAGAAACUGACAAUAAGUGUAAAGUUAGAAUGCACAGGAAUACAUUGGGACAAGUGUUAUCUGUGAAGGGCAAUCGACCAGGAAUCAGUAUAAUGUCGGUUUAAGGUCUAUGUAGCGAUUCAUGAUGAUUGUGACACUAAUGUAAAGAUGAUAUUUGAUUAUAACGGGUCAGAAAACUUGGCCGAGACAGAAAUUGGACAGUAUUGAAGAUAGUAUAUAUGAUCAUGGUUUUAAAGAUUUAAGUGUUGUGUACAAAAUUUGUUUAUGAAGAAUAAUCCUUUAUUAAUCCUUAUACAGACUUUGUGGAAUGACGUUAGCCAGUUUUAAAAUGUCGAUCCAACACAACUUGCCGUUUGAAAUAUCUCGUGAUUUAUUAACAUAUGAGCCUGGAGCAGACACCAAGAAUAUUAAGCUGAAACAACAUUUAUGUGUCCGACAUGCCAUGCCUAAAACAAAUUUAUAUGGAACUAUUCUACACGAGAAUGUCAGCCAGGAUCGUCAUCUGGAAAGGCAGUUGACUAGCCUCAGUGUCAGACAACUGAAAAAUUCAAAUUCAUUCGAUCUCUCUGCAAGAACUUUCAUGAAAAACCAAGAAAGAAAACAAGCAAAAUGGAGACGCGAGGAUGAAUUUCGUCUCUCUGGGCUCAAUUUACCAAAUGUACAAAUAGCGGAAGAAAAAAGGCGCCCCAGUUUUGAUGUGAUGUAUAAAGCACCCGAGUACAAUUUUAGAAGCCAGAGUGUCAGAGGUAAGGAAAAUUUACCUAAAAUGCCAUUCAGCAUUCGGCGUGAAAAGACAGAGAUUGUAACUCAUAGAGAGCGGACAUUUAUGACACGACUGCCAGAAGUUAUGGUGGUGGAUCAGGAUGCACUAAAGGAAUAUAAUAAAUACAGAGGAAAAUUGCACCUAAAACCAGGAGCUCCGACAAAAGAUGACAGAUUUCAGAAACUACAUUCAACUUUAUCACAACCCCUUAUUAAGGACUCCGAUGAUCUACCAAACGAAAAUUCGAAAAGCAAGAGUCGUCUUUCGAAAUAUAGCUACGAAUCACAUGAUGACCAAACUGACAAAUCAUUGGAUAUGACAGGACAAGAAGCAGACGACACUAGACCACCGUGGAUGAUGACGCGUGCUCAAACAGAUAUGAUUUUAAAGAAAAAACAAAGAAACGCUGAGGAAGAUACUUUCAGUAUCCAUCAACCAAACCGCUCAAAAAGCAAUGACAUUUUGGAAUCUUUUAGAACAAAAGAUGUCAAACAACUAGCAAAGUCAUUAAGUAAAAACAGAGCUGAAAAAGACAAAAAUGGCAAAGAUUCUGUAACAUUCGUGCCUGGUGUGAAUGUAUAUUACAGUACUAAAAAGUAAAACCAAAUGUGAAUCAAGGUUGGAAAAUUGUGUUCAUUUGUUUAAUCGUCACCAUUACAGUAUUAUUGUACUUUAUAUUAUUUAUUAUUUCAAAUAGGACUGUGGGGGAAAUUACACAUAUAGGGAUGAAUAAAAUAGUUUUAUUACAUUUUA